AAAACGUCAACAAAACCGGUGGAAAGUUGAAUGGGUCUAAACCAAACACACAUAGCCAUAAAAGCUUUGUCUCCAUUAUAGAUUCUCCAUAUCUGAGAAUAAACAAACGAUUGGAUAAAGUACAUAGAACUUCGAUCUUUUUCACAAAACCCCAAAAAAAGAGAAAAAGCAAAAAAAAAAAAAAAAAACCAGAGCUUUUCAAUUUCAAUGGAGGAGAAGAGAAAUGGUCUGCGAGUGAUUCUCUUCCCUCUUCCAUUACAAGGUUGCAUAAACCCUAUGAUUCAGCUUGCCAACAUCCUUCACUCGAGAGGUUUCUCCAUUACCGUGAUCCACACGCGCUUCAACGCGCCAAAAGCUUCAAGCCAUCCUCUCUUCACUUUCUUACAGAUUUCUGAUGGCUUGUCUGAAACUCAGACUAAAGAUGGUCCUUCUCCGAAUGUUAUGUCUUUGCUUGCACAAAUCAACAUUAACGCUGAGUCUCCGUUUCGUGAUUGCUUGCGUGAACUGUUGCUUGAAUCGAAAGAAUCAGAGAGGGUUAGUUGUUUGAUCGAUGAUUGUGGAUGGCUCUUCACACAAACUGUUGCAGAGAGUUUGAAUCUUCCAAGGCUUGUUCUCUGUACUUUUAAAGCCACUUUCUUCAAUGCUUAUCCGAGUCUUCCACUUAUCCGGACCAAAGGCUAUCUUCCAGUUUCAGAUUCGGAAGCAGAGGACUCUGUUCCUGAGUUCCCGCCGCUUCAAAAGAGAGAUCUUUCAAAGGUUUUCGGGGAAUUCGGAGAGAAACUUGAUCCGUUCUUACAUGCUGUAGUCGAAACGACAAUGAGCUCUUCAGGGCUAAUAUUCAUGUCCUGCGAAGAGCUUGAGAAAGAUUCGUUGACUAUUGCUAACGAAAUUUUCGAAGUUCCCAUCUUUGCGAUUGGUCCGUUUCACAGCUACUUCUCUGCUUCAUCAAGCAGCUUAUUCACACAGGACGAGACUUGCAUUCCUUGGUUAGGUAAUCAAAAGGACAAAUCCGUUAUCUACGUGAGUCUAGGAAGCGUUGUGAAUAUUACGGAAACAGAGUUCUUGGAGAUUGCUUGUGGUUUAAGCAAUAGCAAACAGUCUUUCUUGUGGGUAGUACGACCCGGUUCAGUACUCGGCGCGAAAUGGAUCGAACCGCUCUCUGAAGGGCUCGUUAGAAGCCUUGAAGAGAAAGGAAAGAUUGUGAAAUGGGCACCCCAACAAGAGGUUCUUGCGCAUCGAGCCAUUGGAGGGUUUUUGACGCAUAAUGGAUGGAACUCAACGCUAGAGAGUAUAUGCGAAGGGGUUCCUAUGAUCUGCUUACCAGGAGGUUGGGAUCAAAUGCUGAAUUCAAGAUUUGUGAGCGAUAUUUGGAAGGUCGGAAUUCAUUUGGAAGGUCGGAUUGAACAAAAGGAGAUUGAGAAAGCUGUGAGGAUGUUAAUGGAGGAAAAUGAAGGAGAAAAGAUUCGUGAGAGGAUGAAAGUCUUGAAAGAUGAGGUCGAGAAAUCGGUUAAACUUGGUGGCUCAUCUUUUCAAUCUAUUGAGACUCUGGCUAAUCAUAUAUUAUUGUUGUAAGUUGGGAAUAUUGGCCAAAGAUACCGCAACGUUUCUUUUUUUUUUUUCUCAUAAAUUUUCUUUUUCA